AUGCACGCGAGGGGGAGGCCAACGGUGUCACCUCGCAGAGCCGUCAAUGGAACUGCCGCUGCGGCUGCGUCCUCUGCGGUCAAGGGUGGCGGCGAGAGCGACAGCGGCACGCCCGCCACCUUAUCUGUCGGCGUGGUGACCAGAGAGACCGCGAAACUUGCAGCAGCGAAGCCAAGUGCAGGGGUGACGUUUCCUCCCACGAACGGUGGGAAGAAUGCUGCGGCCGAGGGGGCUGUCACCACGACGCUAGAAGUGCCGUCCAGCAUCAACCUGUGCGACGGGAGCGACGCUCUCGUUACCCCUCGGCAGCGCUACAGUGCUCUUCGGCCUACAAUGUCUGUGUCGCCGCUCACCACCGCAUCGACUCGCACCCUAAGCAGCAACGACGACAACGAGGAGGGCAGCCCAGCCGCACCCAAAAGGAAGGUGGGCAUCGCCCACAAGGCAGCAACAGCAGGCAGCAGUGAGACCGGGACGUAUGGAACCCAGAGAGCAUCGACUGCGCCAUGCCGCACCGACUCCGGUAGCGCCUCAGCCACAGUGGCAGCUCUUAGAGGUCGCCUUGCUGCGACCUCUGGUCUGUCUACGACACGCACCUCUACAGGCAGCUUGACUGCUGGCACUUUCGCUGGUAGCACGGCUGAUGCCAAGUCGGCGGAGGCCGCUGCCCUAGCGGAGCUGCGGGAGCUCCGGCUGGCGCUCAGGGACAAGGAGCGGGCUAUCACUCGGCUCACACGUGACGUGGAAACGGCUGCGCAGACCGCCGUGAAGGCGCAGAGGAAAACCGAAGAGCUGCAGGGCAAGUUGGAGAGCGAGAAGUCGGCUUUUGCGGCGCACAAGAAGGACACCCUGGCCCAGAGGCAAGAACUGCAGAGGGAGCUGCGGCAGGCCCAGGCAGGGCUGCGCUUGGCGGAGCAGGUACAGGAUAAGUUGCAGCGAGAGCUAGAAAAGCAGAAGGAGAAGCUGGCCACUGCAUCGUCCCGCACAACGAGCGUUACCACCACACCCGUCAUGACUCCAAGGUCUGCGGCGCCGUCCUCGGCUUCCUUUGAUGCCAUGUUGCAGGCGAAGGUGUCGAGCUUAGAGAGUGAGAAGAGGCUCAUGAAGGACACGAUUCGGCAGUUGGAAGAGAAGGUUUCUGCUGCCACUGUUGCCGCUGCUGCCGCUGGUCUUGCGAAGACAGCCGAGGAGCAGCGCGACGCUUCUGCAGCCGCAGCCGCCGAAGCAGCGGAGAAGAUUGCGACACUGAAGAAGGAAGUGCUGGAUCUUCGGCAGCAACUUUCUACGCAGGACACGACGGUGCGUGAUCAGCGAGAAAGGUUGGGUACGCUCCUGGAAGAGAACAAAGUGCUCAAGGCCCGCGAGAAAGCUGAAAGGAAGCCCGCGCGCCAGGAUGCCGCUGUCGCCACGCCGCGAACAGGUGCACUACCAGGCAAGGGCGUGAGCGAGGAGCAGUUGCUUUCAGUGCGGUCGCCUCGCCAGGCAGUGACGCUUGUCACCCCUGAGAAGGAAGCAAUGGCGCACCUGCGGGAGGAGUUAACAGCGGCACAAACCCAGGUGGAGGAGCACAAGCGCAUGUACGAGCAUGCCGAGCGCCGCACCAAGCGUCUCGAGAUAGAGUUGGCUGCUGUCCGGCGCCGCGCUGAAACAGCAGAAGAGGCGGCCAAGGGGAUCGCGUCUCAGGCGGCGGGCUCUCCUGCUUCUACGACGGCGGCCACUGCCAUCUUCAAGGAUACGGUGGCUUCCAUGAGAGAGCAGCUGGCGAGUGUGACAGCCGAGUGUAGUGAGCUGCGGCAGCGCGCACGGGAGCGGACCGAGGAGGCGACCACCCUACAGUCCGCACUCCAAGAAACGGAGGACGACCGAGAUGCACGCGUACGUCAGAUUCGAUAUCUGAAGUCCCGCGCUUCCGAAGCUGAAGAGAAGGCGGCGACCGCGCUGGCGGCCCAGAAAACGGAGCUGUCUGGGGCGCUGGAGAAUGCUCGGACAGAGCUGCGCUCAGUAAAGGCCGAGCUGCGCGCCGCCGCGGAUUCCGCGCAACGGCAUCAGGAAGCAUCCAAGGCUCUUCGCAGUCAACUUGGUGAAGAGCAGCAGCGGUGUUCUAACCUGGAAAAGGAGAAGCGAGCUGCGCAGGAGGAGGCGGCAGGAAAGGCCGCCGCUGCCGACGCAUCGAAGCAGCAGGCUGAUCACUACAAGAAAAAAACAAAGCAGCUCACCAAAAAGCUGGACGAAGCUCUUCGGGAGCUUGCGGUGCUGGGAGAAGAGUACGAGCGCAUCUUCGACGAGCGUAAGAUGGCGGCGAAGUCCGACGCUGAGAAGAGCGCGAUCGCUGAGGCACGCAGGCUGAUGCGUGGACAGCCGGGUACAUAUAUAGAGCAGCACACCACAAUGAGCGACACGGAAACGGUGAUUCGAGCGGUGUCUCCCUUGGAAGCGAAGCGCACCGCCAGCGUGUCCCGGAAUCUUUCCGACGCUCUCCUCUCCGCAAACAGACCGGCUCCUGUAACAGGGGCGACUUCCACCGCGUGGGCGAUUGCGGCACUGGAUCAGGAGCGGCAAGCUCGCGAGCAGCUUGAGUUGGACGUUCUGUCCCUCUACUCCAAGAUAUCCGCCAUCGACCACCUUGAACAAAAAUCUUGGCAUUCGGUGGAGCGAGGGGGAGCUUGUGCUGCCGCUGGUGCGUCAUCGACGAACCUGCCAGUGGGAAGCACGCAUGAUCGACCACGAGACCCUCCGCAACCACCAUGGAUGCCUGUGGCCCUGCAACAAAGUCCCGGCACCUGUGGCGCGCCGGGGCGCUCACGCUCGCCGGGUCGUGCGCGCUCGCCCCAGGCCACGCACGCGCUAGACGGUCGCUACUUUGACCCCACCAUAUUCACCUGCCCGGAGAACCCGCCUUGCUCUGCUGGAGUUGAUUCUGUCAAUGUCCGCGGACAUGCCACCGUGAACUCACACCAGCACGCGGAGCCGCCGCAGCGGAGCCGAUCGUUGCCCUCUCAAGCUCUUCAGCUGUCGCCGGGCGCACGCAGUAGAAGCGAUGCUCAGUCGACGUAUCGAGGGCUCUCUCCUCGGUCUAUGGUGCUGUCGACGCCUACCUCCGCACUCCAGCCCUACCGCAGCGACAGCAGCACGAGCGUCACCUCAGCGCUCUCUGAGCUCCUGGCUACCUCGGUGUACUACUCCACUCGCGGUGCCGGCAGCAGCGGCAAUGGGGCGGGACCGUGUGCUACGGUUGAGCUGCAAUUCAGCAGCAGUGCGGGGCGGCUUUUGCUGAGCAAACGUGGGCACCGCGUGCAGCGCCCCGUGUUUUCCGCCGCAGCGAACGAGGCUGCGGAUCUGGAUGUGUGCUGCGCCGCUAUCGGCUCGGUGAGCCACACAAUUUACGCUUCCCACAUGUUGGCGAAGGGGCAUUACCACCUCAAGCACAUCUUCCGCUUCAUCGUUCGCGUUCUCAGCGAUUGCAAGAGCGGCGGCGGCGACAUCCUCAUUGGGUUUGCGGACCGCCACAUUCCGAUGGAGAGCUUCGGCGCCAAGCGAAACGCACUGCGCUACAGAGGCUGCUACUACCUCAGCCUGCGCGAUGGUGGCCUCUUCUGCCCUGCUCAGGAUAUUUGUGAUGCGACGUAUGAGGGCUGGUUAGCGGCAGCGGCGGGGGCAGCAGGGCGACGCUGCGGCGGCGUGGCGUGGCCAAGGCGUGACCGAGGCGCCUCUGUAACUUUUUCACACGGCGGAGAGGCGCCUCUCACGGAGGUGCGUGCGACCUCCUCACCCGUGAACACACGCGCUCUGCCGAGGCCAGAGUGCGUCGUGCGGGCCGGUGACGAAAUCGCCUGCACCCUCCGCACAGAUGAGCGGUCGAUCAGCUAUUCAUGGAACGGCGUCGAGUGCGGUGUUGCGUUUACGGAGGUGUCUCUGUCGCCCUCUCUCUACCCGUGCGUCGAGGUGAAUACCUCUGGUGGCGCUUUAGAACUGCUCGGAAUCGAUUCUAGCAGCUACUGA